CCCGAGGAAGACGACGAGGAGCCCCCCCCGGCCCAGCGCCCGUCCCGCGGCGUCGACCCCUCGAUCAAGCCCAUCAGCUCCCGCCCCAUGGACGCCUCCCCCAAGCCCAAGAAACCCUCCUCCUCCCCCUCCGAGCCCCCUUCCAAGAAGCCCAAGAGCUCCUCCUCCGACGCCCCCCCUUCGGAGCAGAAGCGCCAGCUCUUCCAGCGCCUCUGGGGCCCCGACGACGAGAUCGCCGUCCUCCGCGGCCUCGCCGAGUACCGAUCCAAGAAGGGCUCGCUCCCCUCCUCGUCCCAGGACGUGGACGCCCUCCGCGGCCACAUCCGCGGCGCCCUCCAGCUCGAGGUCACCAACCAGCAGCUCUCCGACAAGAUCCGCCGCCUCAAGAAGAAGUUCGCCACGAACUCCGCCCGCGGCAGGAGCGGCGCCGACCCCAAAUUCACCAAGGACCACGAGCGCGCCGCCUUCGAGAUGUCCAAGAAGAUUUGGGGCGCGGCGAGCAAGAGCUCCCCCUCCGCGAAUGCCGCGGCGGAUGCCGACACCGACGAGGAAAAGAGCGAGGAGAGCGACGACGAGGCGGGCAGCGAGCAGAACGCCAAGGAGGAGAACAACAACAACAGGACGCGGCUUGCGGCGGUGGCGUCCGUGGCCAACGGCAAAGCGGAGCACGAAAGGGGGAAGUUUCCGCUCCCGUACCUCAAGGAGGCGGUCGACGAGCUCGCCAAGGAGCACCCUUGCGGGGCCGCCUUCAAAAGGGCUUUCGAGUUCCUCGACGAGCCAAAGGCGAAGGGGAUGGAAGAGAAGCUCAAGAAGCUUAGAAUGGAGGAGAUCAAGCAGCAUUUGCGGCGGAUGGAUCUGAUGAAGGAGACCGUGAAGAUGAUGCUCGAAGCUCUCGCAAAAUCUGAUUGAUGGGCAAGUUGGAAAUUCCUCCUCCUCUGUUCUCUCUUUCCUUUUGUGCAAUUACUCUUUCUAGUUCUUGUUGAUGGACUCGUAAGUGCUUUGUAGGUUGAUGGGAUUUUCCGCCUAAAAUUUCUCUGCUUCUGUAUCGCUUAGAUAUGUCCUUGUUCUUGUUACAUAUAGCAAGAUGUGUCUUAUUCCAUGGAUCUUCACUCACUAAUGUUUAGGAACCGGCGAUUUAUUGUUAAAGUAUUUGGUUUACUCCUGUUCCUCAUCUGAAGUAUAGUCAUGAAUUUACAUCUUGUUCGGGAUGUUUUCUUAAA